AUGAAAAUCGCUACAAUAGCCUGCCUAGCGGAAAGCAUGGGUAAUUGCGGCAAUCAGUUUUUCAACACGACAGUGCAACUCGAUGCUGGCGUCCGGCUGCUCAGCGCACAGAUUCACGUCGCCUCAAACUCUGAAACAAAUGCGCGAGAGCUGCACCUCUGCCACUCUUCCUGUGUAUUUUUCGACGCCGGCCCUCUACAUGAUUGGUUAUGGGAGAUAAGAACAUGGAUGGAUGCAAACCCACAUGAAGUGGUCACACUGCUGCUUGUGAAUACGGACGGAGUGGACGCGAGAGAAGUUUCAGCUGAGUACUCGAGAGCCGACCUUGCCCACUACGGAUACGUUCCCCCGAUCAUCAACCAAGCCCCUAAUCCGUCUACCGAGUUUGAAAAGACAUGGCCGACCCUGAGGGAUAUGAUAGCAAACGGGCAACGAUUGGUAAGCUUCAUCAAUCCCCUCGCUCCUGACAAGGAGAAUGCACCAUAUCUCCUCAAUGAGUUUGACUUUGUGUGGGAGAAUGCCUACGAUGUCACGGAUCCAUCCAGAUUCACCUGCGACCCCGAUCGGCCUUCCAAUACGUCUACCGUCCAUCAGAUGCGCCGCUCUGGAAAGCUCUUUCUGAUGAAUCACGUGCUGUACUGGAAACAAGCCUUCAACAUUGAGACACCGGAUCCCCGCCAUGUGAUGGAAACAAACUCGUGGGACGGACCUGGAAGUCUUGGGAAACAUCUGUUGGAUUGCAGCACGGAAGUGAAACGCCAGCCGACAUUUGUUCUGGUUGACUUCUUCAAUGUAGGGCCAGCUAUUGUCUCAGUCGAUAUUGCUAAUGGAAGUGGACGAGCAGUUGGUAGAAAGAAUGUGACGACUGCUGUGAUUGAAGGGGGCAUACCAAGGAGGGUAUUGAAUGGAACCAGUGAGGUACCAGGGCCGCCCAUGCUGGCAUUUGUUGUUGCACUGGUAGUGUCGAUUGUAUUUGACUGUAGACACUGA